UUUUAACCGUGUGUUCUCUGUUGUGCACGUCUCGCCAUCGUUGUGUACGUGGUCUAGGUCGGAACGGAUUCUGUGCAUAGGGACUCCGUGCGGUACUAUCGGUGAUUCAUUCAACAAAGGACAGUCAUUUUUUGCAGCUGAUUAAGCAUAUGAAUGAUUCUCGGUGUUUAGAAACCACACCCAAACGCUUUUGAUGAUUCCAAUGCUCCAUAUUUGGAGUGUGGGAGUUUGAGCAAGCUUUUUCUUUACGCGUACAACCGGGAAACGACUACCUGGAAUCUUAUCGAUAGGUAAGGUUCACGCUUGUCCAUCUAAAGCAAGGCCACCAUACCUCGCGACCAUCAACAGUGCGACGGAAGCUCUCGACGGCACAGCGGAAGCAGAUAACCCACCAAUCAACCACAAUGAAGCAGCCAACGACUGGCAGUGGAUACGCGGCGGAGCGUUCCAGUUCAACGGCCAGCAAAGCAAACCGGCCAAGCUUGCUGCUAACGAACGACGAGAACGAUCAGCUGUUUCGGAUGCUCGGGCGACGUUGUCAGACACUCAGCACAGCGGUAGUGCAGUUAUACACUACGCAAUCACCGGCACACACGGCCUGGGUAAAGCGAUCUACCGGGGCCCUCUGUUUCGUGAAGGAUAACAUUCGCAAAUCUUACUUCUUCCGGCUGUACUGCUAUAAAAUCAACCAGCUGGCCUGGGAGCAGGAGCUUUACGAGAAGAUUGAGGUGACGCAACCAAAACCGUAUUUCAUCACGUUCGAGGGCCAGGAUGGUAUUGUGGGCUUUAAUUUUGCAACCGAAGAUGAAGCUACUGCUUUUAUGAACACGACCCAAACUACGCUGCAUAACCGCAACCGUCGGCGUGAUGAGCGCAAUAGGAGGCCUAGCAAUAGGAAGGAACCUCCUCCGGCGAGACCGCCCCCGUUGCAGGGGCCUGCGAGCUCGGGAGCUUUUGGGGGCGGUGGUGACCAAAUAGAGGAUGCACCAGUAACCUAUCGCUCGAAGCAACCAUUUACAAGCCAUUUCACCGGAUUAACACCAGCAUUCCAGCAGCAACCACAACAGCAACUGCCGCUGGUCAAUCAAGCACACCAGAAGCCACGCAAGGUCAGAGGAAUGGGCAAGUUACAGAAAUCUGACAUUGGAACUCCUUCGAACUUUAAGCACGUGACUCACGUAGGAUGGGAUCCGCAGAAUGGUUUCGAUCUGAUAGGCGAAGAGGAAUCGCUAAAACCAUUCUUCAAGAAGGCCGGUGUACAAGACCAACACCUUAAGGAUCGCGAAACAUGCGCAUUUAUCUACGACUUUAUCCAGACAAACAACGUCCUCGAUACCGUAAAGACGGAGCAGAGCAGUGGACGCAAAAAGCCGCCUGCACCGCCACCAGUGCCGUCGGCAGUAGCACCGACGCAGGUGCAACAGUCGAAUAGUGGAAGAAAUCCUCCUCCACCGCCACCGCAUCGUGCUUUGCCUCCACUGCCACCGACGACGCCGCCGAAGGUGAGCGGCAGUGGACCGCCACCGUCGCGGCCACCUCCAUUGCAACAGCAGCAUCAACAGCCAACAUCAACGGCACCGCCACCACCGGCUGCACCAGUACCACCUCCUCCUCCACCUCCCCCACCUUUAUUACCAGUGGUCAGUGGGGCGCCUCUGCCGCCACCACCACCAUCUUCGUUGAAACCAGUCGCUCCUGGAAUGCCGAGUACCGGUGAAAGUAGAGACCCACGUGCUGACUUGAUGGAGAGCAUUCGUAAUCGGCCAAUAGGACUUAGGCCGGUGAAGGAGAGGGAACUGGGCGAAGUAAUUCCCAAUCGCAACAGUGGCAGUGGGAGCGGGGAUGUCGGUACUGAUGCUCUGGCCGAAGCGCUGCGACGCGCUCUUGCCGAGCGAGGUCGAGCCAUCCGCUCAUCGGAUGACGACGAUAGUGACUCCAAGUCAAACAACAGUGACUGGGACGAGUAGUCAGUCCCGUUUAGAGUCUGGGCAGGUCCUGAAAAGGAUAAUCUGGUUACCAAUAAUCCUGCACAGAUACGGGAACUGAUGUACAGCAUGCUGUGGCUCCACGCGACAGUAGUUCUUAUUUUCAUUCCUAUUGCAACUAAUUAUUCGUUUGAUUGUAUUGAUUUACAUUGAUUGCUUACAACACUUUCUGCUAUGAAUGCCGGUAGUGAGGGCCUUAGCAAAUCAGUUUUCCUUACCUAUUCAAUUUGUGUUAACGUUAGGUAAGGGGUCUUUACUCUAUAACAUGCUUUUUCGGUUACAGAAAUGUCUCCCAAUACUAUGUUAAUUACUCCAGUACAUAACAGCUUAUCGAUGUUAAACGGCAAUUUUAAUCCUAGCAAAUGAUUUUAGUGGAAAAUAAAUAUGCAUACAGGACAAUUAGAACUUGCUAAA